AUGUCGAAAAAGUAUUAUGAAAAGCUAUUAGGGGAUAUACAAAAUCAGUCUAAACCGGUGGAAUCAAAAUUUGGUUAUUAUAUUCUCCAAAAAUUUGGGUGGGAAAAAGGAAAGGGGUUAGGCAAGCACGAAAAUGGCGAUGUCAGUAUUAUGAAAAUUAAAAAAUAUGGAGAGCACGGGCUGGGUUAUGAAGAAAGCAAGGAAAAUGAUAAGAACGGAAUGUGGUGGGAAAAUAUGUACAAUAACUGUGCGAAGAAAAUAGCCUCGUCUGUUAGCGACCUCUAUUCCAGUAGUAAGACGAAUGGUUACAGUGCAAAUGGGAUAUGUGAGAACAAAAUAGAGAAAGAAAAAAAUGAAAAUGUUAAAUAUUCAAUCUUUGUAAAAAAGAGUAGCACUGUGGUAAACACAGAAUAUGAAAAACUCUCAUCACUUGAAUCGGAAGAGAAGAAAAAUUGGUCCAUUAGUUAUAAGGAGAAAAAACAUGUUAAAAUAAGAGAGAAGGAAAUAUGUAAAAAGGAAAAAGUUGAACGUACAAAUAUUGAUGAUAGUCUUGACAUUAAAAGAAAAAUAACUGAAGAAAAAGCUAAAAACGGGGACGAUAAAGAAAUUGCAGGAGUAAAAAAAAAAAAAGCAGAAAGGAAUAAAAAGGGUAAAAGGAAAAAUAAGAAAAUGAAAAAGAAAGAAAAGAAAAUGAAAAAGAAAAAGAAACAAAGAGAGUAA